AUGCCGAUUAGAGGAUCUGUGGUCCUGGAGAACUCUCCAGGGUAUUUGAUCCAGUAUUUCAAAUCUCUCGAAGAGCUCGAUGCAUACACGGACAAACCGACAAAGAAACUGACUUCUCCCUUGAAAUAUUAUCCACGCAAGCUAAGCGCCGAGUCAAGUUUUAAGGGAAACCUUCUGGUGAAGCCUCAGUCAGUCUACGUAUGUCAUGAUUACAAGGUACGGACUACUACUUUAACGAUCAGUUUCUCACACCAUCGCGUUACCAUCCCCCCACACGGUUGGAUAACCGCUGCACACCGACAAGGAGUCAAAAUGCUGGGCACUCUCAUCUUCGAAGGAGGCGCAGAAGCAGACUGUCUCCGGCUCCUCGUAGGACAGCUCCCAAAAUCAAGUACAGGUCCUGCAAACCAUGUGUCACCCCACUAUGCACGGGUACUUGCAGAGCUCGCCGCAGAAAGAGGUUUUGAAGGAUAUUUGCUCAAUUUUGAGUGUCCUUUGCAAGGCAGCUUUGAACAAACUAGAGCGCUUUCUCUCUGGAUCACGAUGUUGCAAUCUGAAAUGUGCAACACAGUAGGACCUCAUGCGGAAGUUAUCUGGUAUGACAGUGUCAUCGUAUCGGGACAGCUCGCUUGGCAAGACAGACUCAAUAGCCUGAACCUGCCUUUCUUUUUAUCCUCGCAAUCUUUCUUCAGCAACUACACAUGGCGGAAUGACUAUCCGAAUCUUACAGCACAGUAUUUUCUCAGCUUAGAUCCUGCUCUCACAGAGAGUCAGAUGCAUUUCGCGAAUAAGUCCCUUCAGGAUAUCUAUAUGGGUGUUGACGUCUGGGGUCGAGGCAGCCACGGCGGCGGGGGCUUCGGUUCCUACAAAGCCAUUACCCACAUAUCCCCUGACUCCCUUGGACUGAGCGUUGCCCUCUUCGGCCAAGCCUGGACCUGGGAAUCUGAACAAGACAAACCUGGCUGGACCUGGCAACAGUGGUGGGAUUACGAGCGUACGCUCUGGGUUGGAACGACCAACAACGAUGAGGUGUCAGUGCCCGAAGUCUCUAAGCGUAAGGGCGAGCCUGACUGCACCCAUGGUCCUUUCCUCCCGAUCGCAUCGUUCUUCACCCAUCGUGCGCCCCCGGAUCCUAAGCACCUCCCUCUCCAUACGACGUUCUCUCCCGGCGUAGGCCACGCUUGGUGGGUCAACGGCGUCAAAGUCUUCGAGAGCGAGAAAGGGUGGACAGACGUGGACAAACAGACGAGCGUUGGGGACCUCGUCUGGCCCCGGCCCGCGAUUUCGUGGGAAGGUGAAGACGAGGAAAUGUUCGAUGGGAAAAUAGAGGCGGAGCCGUCUAUUUGCAUGGACGACGCUUGGAACGGUGGAAGCUCCCUUCGGGUAUCGCUCACUGAUCAGGGAGAGCGCUCAGUGUACCGCUGCGUAUGGCUACCAGUACAAUCACUUUCGCUCUCCGCGCAGACUACCUACGAAGCUAUCGCCAUCUACAAGCUUGACGCGGCUGCUGACCUAGAUGUCAGUCUCUCCGUCAAGUCUCCUAGUACAGAAGGCAGCGUUACUAUCAUGCCCCAAACUGAAAAUGACACCGCACUUGCACAUGGAUGGGUAAAGGUCUCCAUACAAAUUUCCGUUCCAUCUUCUUCAUCCUCUGCAUCCAUCGGCUUAGUUAUAGCCAUCGUUACGGAAGAUCCAUCAGAGCCUCUCGCUGCUUCCCUCCUCUUAGGCCAACUAAAUGUGUACCGAACGCCCUCACCUUCGUCGUCAUUCUCUCCAAUGUUACUCUGGGCAGACUAUUCCCCCAAGGAUGGGAAGCUUACCUGGGAAGUCGCCACGUCUCUUCCAGCUAUCACCCUACAUCCGCUUACUUCCCCCGAGGACCCUGUGCCAUUGUGGGACAUACAGCCAUAUAGAGUCCCGUCCUUCGUGUACUACAAUAUAUACGCUAGUCCCUUCUCGUCGACGACGUAUGCUAGGGGUCCGGAAGAUGCGACGUGGAUUGGCACAUCCGGGUACUCGGGAUAUUCUAAGACGUUCUUUGUGGAGAAUCCAAACAAGACAAAAACAAGGUUCUAUGUUCAGGGCGUGACCGAGCAUGGUGAGGUUUUACCUUGGGAAAGAUGCGUCUUUGUGGAUAGUCCUGUAGAUGAGGGGACGUAG